GAAGGUGGUGGUGGUGGAUACAGCUGCUCUUCUUCUCCUCUCCCGAUAUCGCACUCUUCGAAUAAUCCUCCUCAACAGUCAGGUAUAAUAUACCUUUCUUCUUUAUUUGCCUCCAGUCAGAUUCUAGGCCCAUUCCUCUUUCUUAAUUUUUCCCAACUGGCCCAAUUUUUAUAUAUGUAUAACCUUUCCCUCCGGUAACUUUAGUUGCGCGCAGUGUUCAGUGCGCUUGGGUUUCUUGACAUCGCAAAAUAUCCUUGUGAGAAAGCAACAUUAUUCUUUGGAUAUACACUCUCCUUUGAUUUUUCAAACCGAUAUAAACUUUUUGCGUGACUCGAUUAAUUCUUUUUUUUUCUAAUAAAAGAAUUCAAAUUCGUGAAAUGUAGACAAAAUUGGUUUUUUUUAGUGGAAAAUUAUUCUUUUUUUUUUUUGGUGAAUUUUACCCUUUGUGUGGUGUUUUUAUUCUAUUGCCGAUGUGUGGGAUCGAGUUUUAAAACGUGCAGUGAUCGUUAAGCAUGUGGAACCAAGAUCGGUGGGAGCGAACGAUCGAAAGUAACGACUGAUCGAAUCGAAUGUGGAUUUGGUAUUAUACCUGGCAAUUUUACGAAUAAGAUUAAAAAACAAUGUCGAGUGAUCAGGAUUCAUGUGAAGGUUCAUCCCAACUUGCCUGUCAAUGUUCGACGAUAAUGAAUGUCGAUUCAAUACGUCAACGUGACAGUAGAUCAGAAAGAAAUCUCGGUAGUAAGAGAAUAUCAAAAAUACAAGAUCUUUCUCGAGAUUUGGAAACUCUACAAAAUAUGUUCGAACCAAUUAGACAUCGUGAUACAUCGCCCUCAAUUAUUCAGGAAAAUCAACACGAUAAUUCAAAAACGAUGGACAAUGAAACAAUUGUAAUAUCAUCAUCAUCAUCACCAAUUGAAGUUCAAAAUGACAUGUUCUCUCGAUAUGGACAUACAGUUUCCUCCAGUCCACACAAUAUGGAUUCAUCAUCACGUAAUCUUACAAACCAUCAUCAGGAGGCUGAUAAUAAUCCACAUCGUCAAUUAUCCAGUCCUGGUUCACUACUCGACUCAAAUUCCUCAGAUCUCAAUGAAAUGUCAUUAAACGAUCUGGAAAAUGACAUUGACGACAAUGAGGAUGACAACGACGAUGAUAUUAAUUCCACAAAGGAGAAAAUUAAAAUGCAGGUACUUUAUCACGAACCUGGUGUACACAGUCAUCUUCUCAGCGAGGCACACAUCUAUCAACACGAGAAACCCUGCAAUCGUGACAACUAUAGCAGAGGAUCAAAUUCAGAUAUUGGCGAUGGUUUAAUGAAUUUUCAACACCAUCGACAGCACUCUCAUCAUCGUAAAAUCUCUGGCCUUUCUCACCAUCAAGCGAGUAAUCAUUCUUGUGGAACCUCAAAUCUCAGUAGUUACGCUUAUAGAACUUCUGGUUCAUUGGUCACGACACCAAGUCCCAGUCCAAUGAACCGGGAGAAUAUCUAUCAUCAUCCUGGUUCACCGACGAACAAUAAUUUGGCUCUACUUGAACCGGGAGUACAUCAUCGAAUGGUUGGCAGUAGAAUUAGUUAUAAUCAUCAUCAUCAUCAUCAAUAUCAUCAAGGAAAUAUUGAUCCUUCGGGACAUCAUCAUCAUCAUCAUCAUCAUAAUAAUCAUCAUGGUGCGAGUGGAACUUCCUCAAAUUCAAGUUUAAUAAAUCAUGGAAGUUCACCAACGACUGUUCAUCGUCAUGUUGUGAAUAUCAAUAGUAGUUUAUCGACAACUCCACUCAUUAGUCAUCAUCAUAGAAGUUCCUCGGGCAGUCUUACUGGGAAUUCGACCACUAAUCAUCACCACGUGAGUUCCGGCAUUUCUUGUGAAUCUUCAUCUUCAAAUACAAAUACGCGAACGCACAGUCGACUUGAUCAUUUUCACGAUCAUCGUCAUCAUCAACAACAACAGCAGCAACAACAACAACAACAACAGCAACACCAUCAUCAUCACCUACAGGCGGUUCACGCGUUGCACUCGACGUUACCGGAUACGAGGCCAAGGGAGAGAACACCCUCGAGUCUAGAUCAUCAUAACAGACGACUCUCUCAUGUGCAUGCACAUGGAUAUUCGCACUCGCAAAAUGAUGCCAAGCACUCGACUCUCGUGGGAAUUAAUAGUAUUCAGGUAUCGACGCCCUCUAAGAGUAAGUGCCAGUGUCAUAUGAUACAGCAAGGGAGUAACAGCAAAAAAGAAUCGGAGGGUGAAAAUAUCGGGGGUGGUGAAGUGACACUAAGAACGCAUCAGCCCCCAGCCUUACCGCCAAGACCACCCCCAAGGCCUGCCAGACGUUUCGAAACUGUGACAUCCGAUCCAUGUCACACGAGUGAGGGUGGUUGUUGCAAGAAAUACGUUGUUCUAUGUUGCCUCUGCGGUGGAUUGAGUGCUACGGUUGGAAGCCUCUUCCUAACAAUACAUGUGGUCAUAUCUGCCAAUACAGCGAGUCUCGCUCUCUUCGAAUCUGUACCCUCUUACAUUCCAGGAACUAUGUUAAUUCUUAUGGGGUUGUUCACGAUGCUACUGGCAAGGCGGAAGCACAGAUAUGGACUCCUGAUGAAGGUUUGCGGUUCCGUUGCUGUUGUAUGUGCACUUGUUUGCGUUCUCGUCACCGUCACAACUACCGUGGUACACAUGUCAAGGCUGCAGGGUUUACGAGAAUGUACCUACACAGCCAGAGCAAAAACGUGUACAUGUAAUGGGGCAAAUUCACAAAAUCGAGGUGAUCCUGAUGUUACAUUUGAAGCAACACCACAUUGUGAAGUAGUUCAGGGGACACUAUAUUCUUGUUUGAGAGCCUUAUUUGGAACAUCAGUAGCUGGAAUUCUAGUGUGCAUAUUUUCAUGUAUGCUAUUAUAUCAAUUAUUGAGCCAUGAGAAAAAGAAGAUGUACUGGGAACAACUUGAACUCAGAUGCAGAUCGCUUUAUGGUCAAGGGGGUGCAGUAAGAACUGUUACUGGAUCUUGUGGAUGCUGUAGCGAUUGCGGUGGAACAAGUCCCUGGUGGGCCCAAACUCCAGGAAAUUUGUACACUCCCAAUCCAGACAUGGCGCCUUCCAGAAGAUGGCGCUUGCCCUGGAGUCGUUCACGAGGACCAGCACCGAGCCCAGAUUCAAAUUAUGGAUUUCACGCACAAGCAAUGCAGGCGGAAUCUAGUGUUGAAAAUACAACUGGACCAUACAGUGUUUUAAAUUCACAAUCCAGCGGACCAUAUACGGUUUUAAAUAGUCAAAAUGUACAAUAUCCAGCGAGCACUGCCUCUUACAGUGUUUUGGAGGCACCAGUACCACUUUGGGGUCCACCACCACCCUACAGUGAUCCAAAUAGUCCUGCAAGAAGGCCUCAAGUGCAAGAAUCAAGGCCCAGAAUCUCUAAGAGAAUGGAGAAUUACGAGAGCAAUGAAGAUUAUAGACCACGGGUAACGAAACGACCAUCGGACAAUUACGAAAACACCGAGGAGAUUUCUAACAGCACUGAUCCGGAGGGUGGAAACGAGGGCACCGUUAAAAGCAGACGAUUGAGAAAACCACUGAAGGGAGUCGAAAACGGCGCCUUUCAACAAGAACCAAAUCCAGCUCCAAAGCAAUCUGAAAGUGAAUUAUACUUUGGGGAUGUUUCUUCUUGUUGUGGACCAGAAAGUAGCUUUUACGAUCUUGCCGUUGACAAAGAUGCUGCUGAACGUCCCGAGGGUGUGGAUUAUUUGGCAGCUCGUCUUGGCAAGAGGCAGCUGUCAAAACGAUCAAGACAUCCGCUUCCACUUCCUCCCGAUGGAGUUGAUGUGCCAUCAAAUAGUUAUUCAAACACUGAAGAAACAAGAAAUGCAAGAGGUCCCUAUUUGGCACCAGAUGCACAAUACGAAGUCAUUCAACAAGGACGUUAUGCUUACUAUUCAUCAAAAGUAGAUGAUGAACAUAAAGAAACACCCACAACAUCGUCUUAUUUUCAUGAAGACGAUAUUGAGAGGGAAUGCGAAAGAGAUAGAAAUAGAGAGAGAGAAUAUAGAGACUACAGAAACAAUAAGGAAGAAGAAUCACCACCCCAAUGUUGUUUAAAUGACUCGACAACUUUGGAUUCUACUUGGCAAACUGUUGAACAACAACAGCAACAACAUUCCGAUGAUAAUGUUCGACCCGUUAAUGUCUGACAAUCUGGUAAAAAAAUUUUUUCUCUACAAAUUUAGAAAUUUUCUGCCAUUUCUAAUUUAGGAAAAUAUUUUCUUAGGUUUUUUUUUUCUAAAAUUAAGAGUUUCUUUAGUUUCAAUUAUAGUUUUACUGGAAAAUUUAGUUUAGUUAUGAAUUUGGAAAAUUCAUCUUCAAAAUAUUAAAUUUAAUUCCGAAUUUGUAAUAAAUAUUUUUCAAAAAAAAAAUAUCCAUUAGUUAGAAAUUCCAGUGUUUACAAAAUUU